UAUCUAUCAAGGCGAGGAAUUGACGCAACAAAAUAUCGACCUGGAAUUCGAUUUAAUCCGGAUAAAAUUUUACUGACACCAAAAAACCCGGUUAUUCCGGGGUGCAUCAAAAUUAAAGCGCUUGGUGUGGAAAUUGUGCGGCCAGUAAAGAAUUUGGUUGCUGAAAUAGAAAUGCGAAUUGGUGGUACGCCAGAUCCAAAUCAUCCACCGUUGCCGUGCUCGAAAAAAGUAGACGAGAAAGUGAAUCAGUGUCCGUGCGCGAAAUUGGAGAACACUUGGUAA